AUGGAAGAAAAGAAAAAGAAAAAGCAGGAAGAAAAGAAAAAGAAGGAAGGUGCUCAGAAAAAGGCUGCUGAUCAAAAAACCAAAGUGCCAGAACCUACCAAGACCUGUUCAAGCCAGCCCCAACCUGCCGGCACCAGUACCAGUACUUCCACCAGCACCCUCUCCAGCGGCAGCAAUGGCAAACGUGCGUCUGCCGGCGGCCAGCAGCCAGCUGCAGCCCGUUACCUGCCUCGCGAGGUGCCUCCACGCUUCCGCCAGCAAGAACAGAAGCAGCUGUUAAAGAGAGGUCAGCCACUGCCCGCGGGGGCCCUGAGCGGCGUGAGUCCCACGCAGGGCGCUGGGCCUGCAGGGCUGAGCCCACCCCCGCUGCCUGGAGCCGGAGCACAGCCGCACCCCAGUAAGCCCCAACCAGACCUCGGUCACAGCGGCCCAGCGGAGCAUUAUGAGAGUUCCCACUGGGGACAGCAGCCCCCUUACCGGAGCGAAGCCGGCUGCAGCUGGGAGAAGGCAGUAAGCGACAGGACGGACGCGGGGGCCUGGCCUUCCCUCCCGGGAGCAGAGACGGAAUCCGCCUCAGAAUGUACCACAGACACUGACUCUGCCUCCAACUGUGGCUCAGAGAACAGUAGCAUGGCUACGGGGAGCGCCCAGGGCAGCUUCACUGGACAGACCAAGAAGACAAAUGGCAAUAAUGGCUCCAACGGCGCACUGGUCCAGAACCCGUCCGCUCAGAGUGCCCUCGGGGCGGGGGGAGCGAACGGUAACGGAGGUGCCGCCAGAGUGUGGGGCGUAGCCGCGGGCGCCGGCUCGGGCCUGGCUCACUGCUCCCUCGGCGGCGGGGAUGGGAAAAUGGACAACAUGAUCGGAGAUGGGAGGAGUCAGAACUGCUGGGGUGCCUCCAACUCCAGCGCUGGCAUUAAUCUUAACCUUAAUCCCAACGCCAACCCAGCUGCCUGGCCUGUACUCGGACAUGAAGGAACUGUGGCGACAGGCAACCCUUCCAGUAUUUGCAGUCCGGUCAGUGCCAUAGGUCAGAACAUGGGCACCCAGAAUGGGAACCCAGCGGGCACUUUAGGUGCUUGGGGAAACUUGCUGCCGCAAGAGAGCACAGAACCACAAACGUCCACUUCUCAGAAUGUGUCUUUCAGCGUACAACCUCAGAACCUUAACACUGAUGGACCAAAUAACACUAACCCCCUGAACCCUUCCCCCAGCCCUCUCAACGCAGUGCAGACGAACGGACUGCCGAACUGGGGCAUGGCUGUCGGCAUGGGGGCCAUCAUCCCGCCCCACCUGCAAGGCCUUCCUGGUGCUAAUGGAUCGUCAGUUUCUCAAGUCGGUGGGGGUGGCAGCGAAGGAAUCGGCAGUUCUGUGUGGGGACUGUCCCCAGGUAACCCGGCCACAGGAAACAGCGGUUCCGGGUUCAGUCAGGGGAAUGGCGACACUGUGAACUCAGCAUUAAGUGCUAAGCAGAACGGCUCCAGCAGCGCUGUGCAGAAGGAGGGGAACGGAGGGAACAACGCGUGGGACUCAGGACCUCCUGCGGGUCCUGGCAUCCUCGCCUGGGGGCGGGGCGGGGGCAGCAGCGGCGUGGGCAACCUCCACUCGGGAGCUUGGGGUCACCCCAGCCGGAGCACCUCCAACGGGGUGAACGGGGACUGGGGGAAGCCCCCCAACCAGCAUUCCAGUAGCGACAUCAACGGGAAAGGAUCAACAGGGUGGGACAGUCCUAGCGCCAGUGGCCAGAAUCCUGCCGCGCAGCCUGGUAGCGAGCACGUGAACUCUUGGGCCAAAGCUGCGUCCUCUGGAACGUCGGCCAGUGAAGGCAGCAGCGAGGGUUCUGGCAGCCACAACGAAGGAAGCACUGGGCGGGAUGGAGCAGAAGGCCGACGGCGAGACAAAGGGAUUCUCGAGCAAGGGCACCUCCAGUUGCCAAGGAGCGACCUUGACCCACGAGUUCUGUCCAACACUGGUUGGGGACAGACUCCAGUGAAGCAAAACACUGCCUGGGAAUUUGAAGAGUCCCCCAGGUCCGAGCGCAAGAACGACAAUGGGACAGAGGCCUGGGGGUGUGCAGCUGCUCAGCCUUCACACUCAGGGGGGAAGAACGAUGGGUCCAGCGUGAACAGUACAAAUACCUCUUCAGUAUCGGGGUGGGUCAGCUCACCGCCUGCUGCUGCGCCAGCGCACGCCGGCUGGGGAGACAGCAGCCACAAAGCGCCAAGCGGCCCCGGGGUUUGGGGGGAGGCGAUAAGCUCUACUGCUGUUAAUAAUGCUGCUGCUGCCAAGAGUGGCCACGCUUGGAGCGGGACCGUAAAUCAGGAGGACAAGUCCGCCACCUGGGCUGAGCCUCAGAAACCCAGGUCUCAGAACUGGGGAGACGGACACAAGCCGAACCCAGCCUGGAGCGCAGGCGGGGGAGACUGGGCAGAUUCGCCCUCGGUCCUCGGACACCUGGGGGAGGGGAAGAAGAACGCCUCGGGCUGGGAUGCUGACGGUAGUCGAUCAGGGUCUGGGUGGAGCGAGGCUCCGAGGUCGGGGACCGGCGGCUGGGGCAAUGGCACAAACGCGAAGGUGAAUCCAGGGACAAGCUGGGGAGAGUCUCUGAAGCCCGGCCCCCAACAGAACUGGGCGAGCAAACCCCCAGACAGCAGCUCGAGUAACUGGGGAGGAGCCGCUUCCGUGAAACAGACAGGAACAGGGUGGAUCGGGGGGCCGGUGCCCGUCAAACCGAAGGACAGCAGCGAGGCCACGGGCUGGGAGGAGCCUUCCCCGCCAUCCAUCCGCCGCAAAAUGGAAAUCGAUGACGGUACCUCAGCUUGGGGCGACCCGAGCAACUACAACAAUAAAACUGUAAACAUGUGGGACAGAAACAACCCAGGCAUCCAGAGCAGCACCCCGGCCGCCGCCGCCACCACGAGCGACAGCGCAACCGCGGCCGAGGCGCCCCCGGCGCACCAGGCUGGCGCCCAGCUGAGCCGAUCGCCGCUGCUCGGCCCAGUUUCGUCGGGCUGGGGAGAAAUGCCUAACGUUCAUUCGAAGGCUGAAAACUCUUGGGGGGAGUCAUCAUCCCCGUCCACCCUGGUUGAUAAUGGCACAGCAGCGUGGGGUAAGCCACCCAGCAGCGGCAGCGGAUGGGGGGACCAGCCCACCGAGCCGGCGCUGACGUUCGGGAGGGCCAGCGCCCCCGCUGCCGCCCCAGCCCUGUGCAAACCAGCUUCAAAAUCUAUGCAAGAAGGCUGGGGCAGCGGCGGGGACGACGCGAACCUCGGCGCUAGUCAGUGGGAGGACGAGGAUGGGGGCGUGUGGAACAACGCGGCUUCGCAGGAGAGCCCCUCUUCCUGCAGCUCCUGGGGGAACGCCCCCAAGAAAGGGCUCCAGAAGGGCAUGAAAACACCUGGCAAGCAGGACGAGGCCUGGAUCAUGACGCGGCUGAUCAAACAACUCACAGACAUGGGCUUCCCGAGAGAGCCAGCUGAAGAGGCCUUGAAGAGCAACAACAUGAAUCUCGAUCAGGCCAUGAGCGCUCUGCUGGAAAAGAAGGUGGACGUGGACAAGCGUGGACUGGGAGUGACCGACUACAACGGGAUGGUCACCAAGCCCCUUGGCUGCCGCCCACCAAUCUCCAAAGAGUCUUCCGUGGACCGCCCCACCUUCCUUGACAAGGAUGGCGGCCUCGUGGAAGAGCCCACGACUUCACCAUUUUUGCCUUCACCAAGCCUGAAGCUCCCCCUUUCCAACAGUGCACUCCCCAAUCAGGCCCUGGGCGGGAUUGCCUCAGGGCUGGGCAUGCAAAACUUGAAUUCUUCUAGACAGACACCGAGUGGCAAUCUGGGCAUGUUUGGCAGCAGCGGAGCAGCGCCCGCCAGGACCAUGCAGCAGCCGCCGCAGCCGCCCGUGCCGCCCCUGAGCUCCUCCCAGCCCAGUCUCCGUGCUCAAGUGCCUCAGUUUCUAUCCCCUCAGGUUCAAGCACAGCUUUUGCAGUUUGCAGCAAAAAACAUUGGUCUCAACCCUGCACUAUUAACCUCGCCAAUUAAUCCUCAGCAUAUGACGAUGUUGAACCAGCUCUAUCAGCUGCAGCUGGCAUACCAACGUUUACAGAUCCAGCAGCAGAUGCUACAGGCCCAGCGGAACGUUUCCGGACCCAUGAGACAACAGGAGCAGCAAGUUGCGCGCACAAUCACUCACCUGCAGCAGCAGAUCCAGCAGCACCAGCGCCAGCUGGCCCAGGCCCUGCUCGUGAAGCCGCCACCCCCGCCACCGCUGUCUCUGCACCCCUCUGCAGGCAAAUCGGCCCUGGACAGCUUCCCGCCCCACCCCCAGGCCCCCGGGCUCCCCGAGCUGCAGACCAAAGAGCAGCAGUCCUCACCCAGCACCUUCGCCCCCUACCCUCUCGCCGGACUGAACCCAAACAUGAAUGUCAGCAGCAUGGACAUGCCUGGUGGUUUGUCAGUGAAGGACCCGUCUCAGUCCCAGUCACGCCUCCCUCAAUGGACUCACCCCAACCCAAUGGAUAACUUACCCGGUGCUGCUUCUCCGCUCGACCAGAACCCCAGCAAGCAUGGUGCUAUCCCUGGAGGUCUGAGCAUCGGACCUCCAGCCAAGUCCUCCAUCGACGACUCCUACGGCCGGUACGAUUUAAUCCAGAGCAGCGAGUCACCAGCCAGCCCUCCUGUAGCUGUUCCCCAUAGCUGGUCACGUGCCAAAUCUGACAGUGAUAAAAUCUCAAAUGGCUCCAGCAUCAACUGGCCCCCAGAAUUCCAUCCUGGAGUUCCCUGGAAAGGACUUCAGAACAUAGAUCCGGAGAAUGACCCCGACGUCACUCCUGGAAGUGUCCCCACCGGGCCCACCAUCAACACCACCAUACAGGAUGUCAACCGCUACCUCCUCAAGAGUGGAGGGUCCUCCCCACCAUCAUCUCAGAAUGCCACGCUGCCUUCCUCGAGUGCCUGGCCGCUCGCUGCCUCCGGCUACAGUCGCUCUUUCAGCAGCCUUGCGCCCGCUCCUAGUGUUGCAGGUAAGCUGUCAGACAUCAAAUCGACGUGGUCCUCUGGCUCUGCCUCCCACACGCAAGCCUCCCUGUCUCACGAACUGUGGAAGGUGCCCAGAAACACUACUGCACCCACAAGGCCCCCGCCAGGGCUAACCAACCCCAAGCCUUCCUCCGCCUGGGGAGCCAGUCCCCUCGGCUGGACCAGCUCUUACUCCUCGGGUUCCGCCUGGAGUACCGACGCCUCAGGAAGGACAAGCAGCUGGCUCGUUCUCCGCAACCUCACACCCCAGAUCGACGGCUCCACCCUGCGGACGCUGUGCCUGCAGCAUGGGCCCCUCAUCACAUUCCACCUGAACCUGACGCAGGGCAACGCCGUGGUCCGCUACAGCUCCAAGGAGGAAGCCGCCAAGGCCCAGAAGUCCCUGCACAUGUGUGUUCUGGGAAACACUACCAUCUUGGCCGAGUUCGCUGGCGAAGAAGAAGUGAACCGUUUCUUAGCCCAAGGGCAAGCACUGCCACCCACCUCCAGCUGGCAGCCCAGCCCGGGGACCAGCCAGACGCGGCUGGGCGCCUCGGGCAGCGCCCACGGCCUGGUGCGGAGCGACGCCGGCCACUGGAACGCCCCGGGCCUGGCCGGCAAAGGGGGCAGCGACCUGCUGUGGGGCGGGGUCCCCCAGUACUCGAGCAGCCUAUGGGGCCCCCCCAGCAGCGACGACGGCAGGGUCAUCGGAAGCCCCACCCCGCUGAACACGCUGCUCCCUGGCGACCUUCUCAGCGGGGAGUCCAUCUAG